UAUAGAACAGAUUAAAAAUGGUUUUAUGUUGAGAUUCAGAAAACUCUCUACAACUAUUUAUCUUAGGCUUAAUGUGGACAGUAGGUAUCUUCACGAUGCUUAUGCCUGCGAUGGAGAUAGCUGGUGUUAAAUAUAGUUAUGAUUCUCUCAGAUAUAGCAUGCCAAGAGAAACAACAAUGUGCUAUUCAGAUAUAGAUUUCUGGCUACAAACCUGAAAAUCACCAGGAUAUUUACCUAUUUGGCAGCAAAAAGACCUUGAGAAGCUAUACAUUUUUAGCAAUAUAGCAAUGUUCAUUAUCUUUAUGUUUGAUUUCAGUCAAUCUAAACUUACAUCUCGAGCAACAAAAAGCUAUCUUUCAAAUUUCUUGAUAUUCAUAAUGUUUUACACCAGCAAUAGAGACUUCAGUCAGAUUUUCUUGAGAAUGUUUAAAUAUGGCUUUUAUUGGAGGACUGAUAUCAUACUCCUAACUUUCCUUUCAAUAAAACGACUACUUAUCUUCAUUUCCCAAGCUCUAAUGUUCCAAAGACUUUAUGACUAUUGCUUUAGGAAAUGGAAAAGGUGUGAUAAGUUAUUGAAGGUGGUGACUGCUUUAGGGUUCUUGGCAGUGGAUGUAUGAUUGGUCAUGGUGAGUUUUAGGUUUGAGAGGGUGAUGGGGUGGUUGACUGGCAGUGCUUGGAGAGUGGGGGUUCAGAAUUGUGUUUGGGGGUAUCUUAUAUUUUAGCAGCAUUUACACUCAGAGAAGGUUAGGUAGCACAACUACCUUCUCUAAGUGCUGCUAUGAAAUAUUUUACUGACUCAUCUUCGGCUCCGAUAUCACCCUCGGCAUCAAUUAUGUUUAUAUCACAGAGAGUGAAACAAGCACUCAGAUAUGCAGUGGACUUUUUCUAUUCUCUGUACACUUAUUAAUACUGCUUGUGUUUAUAUUUCAUCAAGUUAAAUGCUGAGGACCUUAUUUUCCUCGGAGGUUGGCUAAUUUCCGCAGCUACAUAUUCAAAUUAGGCUCUGAGUUUGAUUCUUUUUACCUGAAGAAUAGGAUAGUUCCUGACUGAAGUUACUGAAUGAACUCCAUUGUUGAACCAUCAAUAUUGUAAAACAAGAAAUGUUCAUUGAUAAUUUUAUUACAUUUUACUCCACAGCAUAUCAAGGAAGAAGUGAUCUCUAUAGGAUACUAAUGCAUUAUAAAGAUGUCUAUAUCAAGACAAGAUGAAACCAUUAUUUUCACCCAGAAUGUUUUUACUGAGCCUCAUUGAUAGACCCCCAAAAAUGAUUAUGAGAGUCUCAUUUUGGAGAUAUUUUGAUUUAAGAUCUAUGCUCAGUUUACCAGAUUUAAUUAAUAAAGUUGCU